AUGCUCAGUCUCCUGGGUGGCAUCAACCCACUGAUCCCAGUCACUGGAGUUGCCUUGGUGGUCCUUUUUCUGCUGCUGGUAGCUGUGUGCGUUCACUACAGUGGAGCUGGUGUACACGAGCCUGACAUAGAGAGGAACUACAGGGCUGUGGGUAGAAAUCGUGUCAGGUGGGUCCAUCCUUGGCCAUUACGUGCUGGUGCCCUUGGACACCUUCACUAUAACCACCGAAACCUCCAAGCAGGCCACCAUCAUCAUCAUCUUCACCAGCAUCAUCAUCUUAAUCGUCAUCACCAUGCUCACCGGGCUCACCGCUGA